AUGAGCGUCUUCAAGCCCUUGAUCAACUAUGGGAUGAAGGAAACUCGCAUUGAUGGGCUGCCUAUCCUCUUGGAUAUCUUGGAACGUGGACGCGAUAGGAAUCGGGUAUCAAACCACAUCUCAACAUUAGACGACCCGAUGGUGUGGGGUAUCAUGCCAUUUAGCACGUAUUUCGAUACCUCAAAAGUACGUUGGACGUUGGGAGCGGCUGAUAUACUUUUCACCAAUCGCUACAUUUCACCCUUGUUUCAGAACGGUCAAGUCAUUAAAACUGUCCGGGGAGACGGUAUCUAUCAGCCGGCGAUGGACUUAGCAAUCGAAAAAUUGGAUAAUUCGCAAUGGGUCCACAUCUUUCCCGAAGGCAAAGUUAAUCAAUCCAGACUAAACAAAUCUAGCAUAAAUCCCGAGCUGUUGAGGUUUAAGUGGGGAGUUUCUCGGUUGGUACUCGAGUCAAAGCAUGAACCAAUCAUAUUACCCAUGUGGUUGAAGGGAUUCGAUCAUGUUAUGCCUGAAGGAAGACCAUCACCCUACAAUAUGAUGCCAAGAUUGAACCAAAGCUUGUCGAUAAAAAUCUCGCAUCCAAUCAACGACCAGCGGUCUUUCUCCGAGGACGCUAAAGGAGGUGAUAAUGAUAAACAUGAUAUGAGCAACCGUCUCAAAAUACAAGAUUUUCGACAACGGUAUCAAGCAUUACUUUCACGCACGAAUAGCCAGGAUACAAUCCCUCGCCAUCAAGAUUAUGAUGCUUUGAAAGAUCAUCAAGAAGCAAAACAAAUCAGAAUUGAUCUUGCUAGUUUUUUACAUUCCCAGCUUCUAGCCAUCCAACAGUAA